AUGGCUGAGCCACCUGCCGUGCCUCGUCCGUUAUGGGCCGCCUUGCUGGACCGGGCCGUAGGGUGGGCCCUCGGCCUGCCCUCCGAAGCGGGUGGAUACACCACUCAACCUCUCAAGAUCCCUCUUCCUGAUGGUGCCGUCCUUGCUUGCGACCUUUACCGACCUAGUCGAGAUCCUCUGGGUACCAUUCUUGUAAGAGGACCCUACGGGCGCGCUUUCUUCUUUUCCCUGAUCAACGCCCGUAUUUUCGCGGCGCGCGGGUAUCAAGUCCUCUUCGUCAGUUCUCGCGGCACAUUUGGCUCCACUGGGACUUUCGAGAUAGGAUGCGAGGUACAAGAUGGGCAUAAUGUUGUUUCGUGGAUGAGACAGCAACCUUGGUAUACAGGCACAUUUGCGACGUUGGGAGCAUCUUAUCUGGGCUUCACGCAGUGGGCUUUACUCACAAAUCCGCCAUCGGACAUGGUCGCUGCCAUCAUGACAGUCGCGCCUCACGACUUUGCUGAGCGUAUGUGGGGUACGGGAGCAUUCAGCUUACAGCAACACAUUCAGUGGAGUGAUAUCAUGGCAAAUCAGGAAACUCGAACUAUAUGGGAGUUGAUCACGGCCUUCAGAGAUCCCACUCGUCUCGACCCACUGUUGAAAAGCGUUCCCCUAGAACCUGCAUUGAGACGCCACUUCGGGGACAAGGCUCCUUGGGUCUUUAGCCAUAUCGGCCAGCCUGAUUUGGACCACGAGGUCUGGGCGCCUCUUAGGCACGGAAAAGCUUUGGACAGAGCAAAUAUACCUAUCCUUCUCAUCGCUGGUUGGUUUGACAUCUUCCUCGAGCAGACCAUCGAAGAAUACCAGGCCUUGAGUCGACGUGGAUGCCCUGUGGCAUUAAGAAUUGGUCCUGGAGGGCACACAGAAGCUCAGAACGGAGACACAACUAGGGAUACUCUAAAGUGGCUUGACACUCAUCUUGCUCGGAACCAUCAGUCAAAAGAGAUCCCAGCAGUUAGAAUCUACCGAGAAGGAGAUACGCUCCAAUGUAUUGAGCUUCCAAAAUGGCCUCCGCCCACAGGCCAUCAGGAGCUGUUCUUGGCAUCGGAUAGUCGACUUGAAGACCAGCAGUCCUCGAAGCCCGACACCUCCAGCUUCGUUUUUGAUCCUUCAAACCCCACACCGACUGUUGGCGGAGCUCUCUUGUUGGGCAAAUGCAAAGUCGACGACACUUCAUUGUGCGUCCGGGAAGAUGUCCUCACAUUCACGUCGGAGCCGUUGACAAAUUCCCUCGAUAUUUUUGGCCGCCCUUCGGUUGACCUCGUUCAUUCGAGUGACAAUCCUUUCUGUGACCUCUUUGUUCGUUUGAGUGUCGUUGACUCACAGGGGAGAUCGCGAAAUAUCACGGAGCGGUACCGACGUAUCGAAGCAAGUCAGAAUGGCAAGUUGAUCGAUCUCGAUAUGGCAGACACCGCCUACAGGGUCCCGGCUGGUUCGAGACUCCGACUUGUUGUCGCGGGCGGGUGUUCCCCUAAAUACAGCCUGAACCUUGGAACAGGAGAAAGCAUUGCAACUGGAACUGUGCUGCGGCCGGCUAAACAUAUUAUUCACUAUGGAGGAGACAGUGGUUCAUGCUUAAUUCUUCCUGUUCUUAAAAAACUGUGA